AAUAAAAUUCGAAUUGUGACUUAUGUGCAUUAAAAAUGUUUUCUUUAAAUAAUCACCUAGAACUGCGAAAAGUGACCAUAUCAAGCCUGUUAUCAUGCAUUUAUUUGCCAAGUAUUGUUACAGUGAUAUCAUAUAAAGGCAUACUUUAUUCUAUUGGAAGUGGAUCGUCGUUUUAUAUUCUAGUGUUAAUAUUUAUAGCUGAAUUAGCAAAAUCAUUCUAUUUAUCAUCUAACAAUGAUAAUCAAGCAAAAAGGAGUAGAAACAAGAUGAGGGCUAGUGAUAUCAUCAAGACCUUUGGUUUCUUGCUCGGAGUUAUGUUCUGUUUCUUCGUUGGCAUAAUAUUAUUUGGAGCGCCAGUUCUAGACAACCACGAGGGAACUUUGAUGUUAUCAACACUACUUACACUGCUAACAGUAUUCCCGUUAGUAGCACAUACUGGAGUCGAGACAGCUGUGCAGCUUUUAUUUGGAGUGAAGAGUUUUUCUAAAGAUACGAUUGUAGCUAUGUUGGUCAACAAUGCUUUAUUGACUGUGGGGGGAGCGUGGCUUGGCGCUGUAGUGAUUCCUUUAGACUGGAACACACCGUGGCAACAGUGGCCCAUACCUUGCUAUCUCGGAGCUAUUGGAGGAUAUGUUCUAGCUAAUGUAAUGACAGUAUUAAAAGUGACUAUGAUGUCUGCGGGAAAUAAAUAUAAGUUCCUCAACUUUUUUGUAAACAUUAUGAACAAAUUACAUGUUUCUAAGUAGUUAUUUUUUCAGAGUAUUUAUAUCAGCAUUUAUUUAUUAUUAUCAAUAAAUUGUACAUAGAGAA